UGCCAUGUUGCCGCCAAGAACGAGGCAAGUCCGACUGCUCUGACCCGGUGAUGAUGGUGAGUCAGCAGCCGGAAGGCGGUCCCUCGCAACCUCGCGAGCAGGAGAGUCAGGUCGAGAGCUCGGCUUCAUCACGCUACAAGCUCCCCAAACGAGUCGGCAAACGGAAAGCACUGUCCGUCUAUCCGCUCCAGCCAGAAUCCCUUCAGUCCUUCGAGCACGGCUUUUGGUCUCAUCAAGUCGCUCUGGCAGAAGACGACGAUGAGCCCAUGCGACCGCCGCACUUGCCUCUGGCACGGAUACGCAAGCUCAUGAAAUCUGACCCCUCUGUCCAUAAAGUAGCAGCCGACGUGCCCGUCGUCUUGGCACGAGCUUGUGAAGCCUUUGUGGCUGAGCUGACCCAUCGCGCAUGGCUAUCCGCCAACGAAGGCCCGUCACCGCGCAAGGGCAUCGCCAAGGAUGACAUUGUCCGAGCUGCCAAUCAGUCGAAUAUGUAUGACUUUCUCAUCGAUGUCCUGCCCACGCCAGACGCGAUACAGAACCAGCAGAGCGCUUCACGUGCAGAGCCUAGACGGACCAAGAGUCCCACGGAGGCCAUAGACAUACCUGUAGAUACCCAAUCUGGACUCGAUGCAUGAACACCCAUUUUGCCCGCAAGGCCAGUU